AUGGGGCUGUCUCUAGCCCACCUGGUGGCUAUCUGCCUGGCCCUGUCUUCGGUCAGGGGCACAGAGCUCCAGAGAGAGGGCAGGACCCGCAACCACGGCCACACAGUCUGCAGCACUUGGGGUGACAGUCACUACAAGACCUUUGACGGUGACAUCUACCAGUUCCGCGGCCUCUGUGACUACAACUUCGCCUCUGACUGCCGAGACUCUUACAAGGAGUUCGCCGUGCACCUGAAGCGUGGCGUGGGUGACAGUGGGGGCCACCCCCACAUUGAGUACAUCCUGUUGACCAUCAAAGAUGACACCGUGUACCUGACCCGGCAGCUGGCUGUCGUGAAUGGGGCCCUGGUCAGCACCCCGCACUACAGCUCAGGGCUGCUCAUCGAGAAGAACGAUGCCUACACCAAGGUCUACUCCCGCACCGGCCUCGCCCUCAUGUGGAACCGCGAGGACUCCCUCAUGCUGGAGCUGGACAGUAAGUUCCGGAACCACACGUGUGGCCUAUGUGGUGACUUCAACGGCCUGCAGACCUACUCAGAGUUCCUGAGCGAUGGUGUUGUCUUCAGCCCCACCGAGUUCGGGAACAUGCAGAAGAUCAACAAGCCCGAGGUGGUGUGCGAGGACCCGGAGGAGGAGGCCGUAGCCCCUGCCGCCUGUGCGGAGCACCGCGCCGAGUGCGAGCGGCUGCUGAUGGCUGAGGCCUUUGCGGACUGCCGGGAGCGCGUGCCGCUGGAGCUGUACGUGCGUGCCUGUCAGGAGGACCGCUGUCGCUGCGCGGCGGGCGCCGAGGCCACCUGUGUCUGCAGCACGGUGGCCGAGUUCUCACGCCAGUGCUCUCACGCCGGCGGCCGGCCAGGCAGCUGGAGGAGCGACGCCUUCUGCCCUAAGAGCUGCCCUGGGAACAUGGUGUACCUGGAGAGCGGCUCUCCCUGCGUGGACACCUGCUCGCACCUGGAGAUGAGCAGCCUGUGUGAGGAGCAUCACAUGGACGGCUGCUUCUGCCCCGAAGGCACCGUGUUUGAUGACAUUACUGGCAGCGGCUGCAUUUUGGUGAGCGAAUGUCACUGCAAGCUGCAUGGACACCUGUACAAACCCGGCCAGCAGGUCACCAACGAGUGUGAGCAGUGUGUCUGUCAGUCAGGCCGCUGGGUGUGCAAAGACCUGCCAUGCCCUGGGACCUGUGCCCUGGAGGGCGGCUCCCACAUCACCACCUUCGACGGGAAAAAGUUCACCUUUCACGGAGAUUGCUACUAUGUCCUGGCCAAGGGUGAACACAAUGACUCCUAUGCCCUGCUGGGUGAACUGGCCCCUUGUGGCUCCACAGACAAGCAGACCUGCCUAAAGACAGUGGUGCUGCUGGCCGACAAGAAGAAGAAUGUGGUGGUCUUCAAGUCUGACGGUAGCGUGCUCCUCAAUGAGCUGGAAGUCAACCUGCCCCAUGUGACAGCGAGUUUCUCCAUCUUCCGGCCCUCCUCCUACCAUGUCAUCGUCAACACGGUCUUCGGCCUGAGGCUGCAGGUGCAACUGGUCCCAGUCAUGCAGCUCUUUGCCACCCUGGACCAGGGUGCCCAGGGACAGGUGCAGGGUCUCUGUGGGAACUUCAAUGGCUUGGAGGGUGAUGACUUCAAGACGGCUGGAGGGCUGGUAGAGGCGACGGGCGCAGGCUUUGCCAACACCUGGAAGGCCCAGUCGAGCUGCCAUGACAAGCUAGACUGGCUGGACGACCCCUGCUCCCUCAACAUUGAGAGUGCCAACUAUGCCGAGCACUGGUGCUCAUUGCUGAAGAAGACAGAGACUCCCUUUGGCAGGUGCCACUCAGCCGUGGACCCCGCAGAGUACUAUAAGAGGUGCAGGUAUGACACAUGCAACUGUCAGAACAACGAGGACUGCAUGUGUGCGGCGCUGUCCUCCUACGCCCGCGCCUGCUCCGCCAAGGGCGUCAUGCUGUGGGGCUGGCGGGAGCGCGUCUGCAACAAGGACGUGGGCUCUUGCCCCAACUCCCAGAUCUUCCUGUACAACCUGACCACCUGCCAGCAGACCUGCCGCUCACUGUCCGAGCCAGACAAGCACUGCCUGGAGGGCUUUGCGCCUGUAGACGGCUGUGGCUGCCCUGACAACACCUUCCUGGACGAGAAGGGGCGCUGUGUGCCGCUGGCCAAGUGCUCCUGCUACCAUCGCGGCCUCUACCUGGAAGCAGGGGACGUGGUCUUACGACAGGAGGAGCGAUGUGUCUGCCGGAAUGGGAGGCUGCACUGCAUGCAGGUCAAGCUGAUCGGCCAGAGCUGUGUGGAACCCAAGAUCCACAUUGACUGCAACAACCUGACUGCACUGGCCGUGCGGAACCCCCGUCCUGUCAGUUGCCAGACACUAGCCGCCGGCUACUACCAGACAGAGUGCAUCAGUGGCUGUGUGUGCCCCAACGGGCUGAUCGAUGAUGGCAGAGGUGGAUGUGUCACAGAGGAUGAGUGUCCCUGUGUCCACAACAAGGACCUGUACCUCCCCGGGGACAAGAUCAAGGUGGACUGCAACACCUGCACGUGCCAAAAGGGGCGCUGGACGUGCUCCCAGUUCGUGUGUCAUGGCACCUGUGCCAUCUAUGGUAAUGGCCACUACAUCACCUUUGAUGGGAAGUACUACGACUUUGAUGGACACUGCUCCUAUGUGGCAGCUCAGGACUACUGCGGCCAGAACUCCUCUCUGGGCACCUUCAGCAUCAUCACCGAGAACGUGCCCUGUGGCACCACGGGUGUGACCUGCUCCAAGGCCAUCAAGAUCUUCCUGGGGAGGACAGAGCUCAAGCUGGAGGACAAGCGUCGUGUGGUGAUCCAGAGGGACGUGGGGCACCGCGUGUCCUAUACCACACGUGAGGUGGGCCAGUACCUGGUGGUGGAGGCCAGCUCCGGUAUCAUCAUCAUCUGGGACAAGAGGACCACCAUCUUCAUAAAGCUCGCCCCCUCCUACAAGGGCACUGUGUGCGGCCUGUGUGGGAACUUUGACUUGCGCUCCAACAACGACUUCACCACGCGGGACCACAUAGUGGUGGAUAGUGAGCUGGACUUUGGGAACAGCUGGAAGGAAGCCCCCACCUGCACAGACGUGACCAGCACCCCAGAGCCCUGCAGCCUGAACCCGCACCGGCGCUCCUGGGCCGAGAAGCAGUGCAGUAUCAUCAAGAGCCGGGUCUUUGCAAUCUGCCACAGCAAGGUGGACCCCAAGCCAUUCUACGAGGCUUGCGUCCACGACUCCUGCUCCUGUGACACUGGUGGGGACUGCGAGUGCUUCUGCUCGGCCGUGGCCUCCUACGCCCAGGAGUGCACCAAGGAGGCAGCCUGUGUCUUCUGGCGGACCCCCGAUUUGUGCCCAAUCUUCUGUGACUAUUACAACCCCCCGGAUGAAUGUGAGUGGCAUUACGAGCCGUGCGGGAACCGCAGCUUUGAGACCUGCAGGACCAUCAAUGGCAUUCACUCCAACAUCUCCGUGUCCUACCUGGAGGGUUGCUACCCACGGUGCCCUAAGGACAGGCCCAUCUAUGAUGAGGAGCUGAAGAAGUGUGUCACUGGGGACCAGUGUGGCUGCUACAUUGAGGACAACCACUUCCGCCCUGGGGAAACUGUGCCCUCCGAGGACAUCUGCCAGUCUUGUGUGUGCACCAACACCUCGGAGAUCAUCUGCCAGCCAGACGAAGGAAAGAUUGUUAACCAGACUCAGAAUGGUUCCUUCUGCUACUGGGAGAUCUGUGGCCCCAAUGGGACGAUUGAACAACACUUCAACAUCUGUGUGACCACCACCCCACCCCCAUCAACCCCGACGUCCUCUGUCACCAUUCCACUCUCCUCCACUACCACCCUUACCACCACCUCCACCAUCACUACCUCGAAGCCAACGCCAACCACCAGCCCAGUUUUCUCGACUACUCCACAUAUAUGCUGUUUCUGGUCAGACUGGAUCAAUGAGGACCACCCGAGUUCUGGCAGUGACGGUGGUGACCGAGAGAUAUUUGACAGUGUCUGCAAGGCCCCCGAAGACAUUGAGUGCAGGUCAGCCGCGGAUCCCCACCUCAGCUGGGAGCAGCUGGGCCAGAAGGCUCAGUGUAAUGUCUCUGUUGGGCUCAUCUGUAAAAAUGAAGACCAGUUUGGAAAUGGACUAUUUGAACUCUGCUAUGACUAUGAGAUACGAGUGAACUGUUGCCUACCAAUGGACCAAUGUCCAGAAACAACGACGCAGACCAUCACAACCACCCCUACUCAUUCAUCAACAACUCCCACCCACUCAUCAAUGACUCCGAUCCAUUCAUCAACUCCCAUCACUCCACCCACCUCAACUCUGACAACCUCCCCUACCCCAGAGUCCACCAUCUCAGUGACAACAAUAACCACAACAUCCACAGCCACACCAAAACAAACCACAACUGUGACCUCCACGCUGACUCCAGAAUCGACCACCACUACUACCAUAACCGCCAAACCAACCACAACUCCAUGUAUUGACUGUGAAUGGACAGGCUGGAUUGAUUCAGGCAAACCUAACUUCAGCAAGCCAGGUGGUGGUGACUUUGAGGCAAUUGGGGACAUCUGUGGGCCAGGAUGGCCAGCUAAUAUCUCCUGCAGAGCCACAGCAUAUCCUGAUGUCCCACUUGACCAACUUGGACAAACAGUGGUGUGUGACCUCUCUGUUGGAUUGAUUUGCAAGAAUGAAGAUCAAAAGCCAGGAGGGGUCAUCCCUAUGGGCUUCUGUAUCAACUAUGAGAUCAAUGUCUACUGCUGCAAGGAAUGCAUUUCAACAACUUCCCAAACCCCAGCUCCCACCAUCAGCAGCACCAAAGAGACAACAACACCUGUAACCACCACCACAACCACGGAGACACCCGCUCCCACCAUCAGCACCACUACAGAGACCAUCACCACCACAACCAGCACAGAGACACCAACGCCCACCAUCACCACAACCACGGAGACACCAGCUCCCACCAUCAGCACCACUACAGAGACCAUCACUACUACCACCAGCACAGAGACACCAACGCCCACUAUCAGCAGCACCAAAGAGACAACAACACCUGUAACCACCACCACAACUACAGAGACACCAACUCCCACCAUCAGCACCACUACAGAGACCAUCACCACUACCACCAGCACAGAGACACCAAUGCCCACCAUCACCACAACCACAGAGACACCAACUCCCACCAUCAGAACGACAAGUGCAAUCACAACCAUCAGCACCACCACAGAAACCACAACACCAACAUCCUCCAUCACCACCACCACAGAGACCACAACCUCAACACCUUCUACCAGCACCACCCCAGGGACCCCAACACCUUCCACCACCACCCCAGGGACCACGACACAUUCUACCACCACCCAAGGAACACCAACACCUUCCACAAGGACCACAACACCAUCUACCACUACCCCACAGACCACAACACCUUCCACCACCACUCCAGGGACCACGACACCUUUCACCACCACCCCAGGGACCACUACACCUUCCACUACCACCCCAGGGACCACGACACCUUUCACCACCACUUCAGGGACCACAAUACCUCCCACCACCACCUCAGGGACCACUACACCUUCCACCACCACUCCAGGGACCACUACACCUUCCACUCCCACCCCAGGGACCACUACAUCUUCCACUACCACCCCAGAGACCACAACCACCCCAGGGACCACAACACCUUCCACCACCACUCCAGGGACCACAACACCAUCCACCACCACCCCAGGGACCACUACACCUUUCACUACCACCCCAGGGACCACUACAUCUUCCACUACCACCCCAGGGACCACAACACCUUCCACCACCACUCCAGAGACCACAACCUCUCCUACGACCACCCCAGAGACCACAACAACUUCCACCACCACCCCAGGGACCACUACACCUUCUACUACCACUCCAGGGACCACGACACCUUUCACCACCACCUCAGGGACCACAACACCUUCCACCACCACUCCAGGGACCACAAGCCCUCCUACCACCACCCCAGAGACCACAACAACUUCCACCACCACCACCCCAGGGACCACUACACCUUCCACGACCACCCCAGAGACCACAACACCUUCCACCACCACCCCAGGAACCACGACACCAUCCACCACCACCCCAGGGACCACAACACCUUCCACCACCACCCCAGGGACCACGACACCUUUGAACACCACCCCAGGGACCACAACACCUCCCACCACCACCCCAGGGACCACUACACCUUCCACUACACCUUCCACCACCACCCCAGGGACCACUACACCUUCCACCACCACUCCAGGGACCACUACACCUUCCACCACCACCCCAGGGACCACAACACCUUCCACCACCACCCCAGGGACCACUACACCUUCUACUACUACUCCAGGGACCACGACACCUUCCACUACCACUCCAGGACCCACGACACCUUCCACCACCACUCCAGGGACCACGACACCUUCCACCACUACCCCAGGGACCACUACACCUUCCACUACCACCCCAGGGACCACUACACCUUCCACCACCACCCCAGAGACCACAACACUUUCCACUACCACCCCAGGGACCACAACACCUUCCACUACCACACCAGGGACCACUACACCUUUGACUACCACCCCAGGAACCACUACACCUUCCACUACCACCCCAGAGAACACGACACCAUCCACCACCACCCCAGGAACCACGACACCUCCCACCACCACCCCAGAGACCACAACACCUUCCACUACCACCCCAGGGACCACUACACGUUUGACUACCACCCCAGGGACCACAACACCUUCCACUACCACCCCAGGGACCACUACACCUUCCACCACCACCCUAGGAACCACGACACCUCCCACCACCACCCCAGAGACCACAACACCUUUCACUACCACUCCAGGGACCACAACACCAUCCACCACUACCCCAGGGACCACGACACCUUUCACCACCACUUCAGGGACCACGACACCUUCCACCACCACUCCAGGGACCACGACACCUUCCACCACCACCCCAGGGACCACUACACCUUCCACUACCACCACAGGGACCACGACACCUUUCACCACCACUUCAGGGACCACAACACCUCCCACCACCACCUCAGGGACCAUGACACCUUCCACCACCACCCCAGGGACCACAACACCUUCCACCACCACCCCAGAGACCACAACACCUUCCACUACCACCCCAGGGACCACUACACCUUUGACUACCACCUCAGGGACCACUACACCUUUCACCACCACCCCAGGAACCACAACCCCUCCCACCACCACCCCAGAGACCACAACACCUUCCACGACCACUCCAGGGACCACGGCACCAUCCACCACUACCCCAGGGACCACGACACCAUCCACCACUACCCCAGGGACCACAACACCUUCCACCACCACCCCAGGAACCCCAACACCUCCCACCACCACCCCAGAGACCACAACACCCUCCACCACCACUCCAGGGACCACUACACCUUCCACUACCACCCCGGGGACCACGACACCUUUCACCACCACUUCAGGGACCACAACAGCUUCCACCACCACUUCAGGGACCACCACCCCUCCCAUCACCACCCCAGAGACCACAACACCUUCCACCACCACCCCAGAGACAACUACACUUUCCACUACCACCCCAGAGACCACUACACCUUCCACAACUACCCCAGGGACCACUACACCUUCCACCACCACCCCAGGAACCACAACCCCUUCCACCACAACCCCAGAGACCACAACCCCUUCCACCACCACCCCAGGAACCACGACACCUUCCACCACCACCCCAGGGACCACGACACCUUCCACCACCACCCCAGGGACCAUGACACCUUCCACCACCACCUCAGGGACCACGACACCAUCCACCACCACCCCAGGGAUCACAACACCUUCCACGACCACCCCAGGAACCACGGCUCCUUCCACGACCACCCCAGGGACCACGACACCUUCCACGACCACCCCAGGGACCACGACACCUUCCACGACCACCCCAGGGACCACGACACCUUCCACCACCACCCCAGGGACCACUACACCUUCCACUACCACCCCAGGGAGCACUACACCUUCCACUACCACCCCAGAGACCACAACACCUUUCACAACCACCUCAGGGACACCAACACCAUCCACCACUACCCCAGGAACCACAACACCAACACCUUCCAUCAUUACCACUCCAGGAACCUCAACACCUUCCACUAGUACCACAAUACCUUCCACCACUACCCCAGAGAACCUGACACCAACACCAACACCUUCCGUCAGUACCACCCCAGGGCCAACAACUCUAACAUCUACCAUUAGCACCACUACAAUGAUUACUACCUCCACUCUUACCACCACUAUACAGACUCCCAGCAUGCCCACAUCUUCCCCACUCAUCACGCCCAGCAUCAGCUUCAAUACUGGCUCGGGAGUCAGCUCUUCCACCCAGAUUAUAUGCUGCUAUUUGAACGGCACAUACUAUAGCCCAGGUGAGAUGGUGUACAACGGCACACAUGGAGACUUCUGCUAUUAUGUCAACUGCUCCCUGGACUGUACCUUUGAGAUCUUCAAUUGGUCCUGCCCGUCCACGCCCUCACCAACCAUCACACCAUCUAUGCCCUCAUCAACCUCUACAUCUUCCCGGCCAACACCCACCUCCACAGCAUCUACACCUCUGGCAACCACUAAACCUUCUGGAUGUCCUGACUUUGAUCCUCCCCGACAGGAGAACGAGACAUGGUGGCUGUGUAACUGCACCAUGGCCAUUUGCAAGCAUGACAACACAGUGGAGAUUGUGGAGGUGGAGUGCAAGCCUCCGCCCAUGCCCACCUGCUCCAACGGCCUGUCACCUGUACGGGUCAUGGACCCCGAUGGCUGCUGCUGGCAUUGGGAGUGUGACUGCUACUGCACAGGCUGGGGAGAUCCUCACUACGUCACCUUCGAUGGGCUCUACUACAGCUACCAGGGAAACUGCACAUACGUGCUGGUGGAGGAGAUAAACCCCAAGGUAGACAACUUUGGAGUCUACAUCGACAAUUACCACUGUGAUGUCAAUGACAAGGUCUCAUGUCCCCGUACCCUCAUUGUGCGCCAUGAGACACAAGAGGUGCUGAUCAAGACCGUCAACAUGAUGCCCAUGCAAGUGCAGGUGCAGGUCAACAAGCAGGCAGUGGCUCUGCCCUACAAGAAGUACGGGCUGCAGGUGUACGAAUUGGGCAUCAAUUACGUGGUGGACAUCCCCGAGUUGGGCGCUGUCAUCUCCUACAAUGGCCUCUCUUUCUCCAUCAAGCUGCCCUACCACCUGUUUGGGAACAACACCAAGGGCCAGUGUGGCACAUGCACCAAUGACACCUCGGACGACUGCAUGCGGCCCAGUGGGGAGGUCAUCUCUGACUGCGAGAUUGCGGCCGACGACUGGGUGGUGAACGACCCUUCUAAGCCUCACUGUCCCCACACCAUGGUCACCACCAAGCGACCAGCCACAACUUCAGCAGGGGGGUCCCACCCUUGUUCCUCAUCUCACCUUUGUGAGCUCAUCAAAGACAGCCUGUUUGCCCAGUGCCAUGCCCUGGUGCCCCCGCUGCACUACUAUGAAGCCUGCCUGUUUGACAGCUGUUUUGUCCCCGACUCUGGCCUGGAGUGUGCCAGUCUGCAGACCUACGCCACCCUCUGUGCGCACCAGGGCGUCUGCGUGGACUGGCGAAACCACACCCAGGGGACCUGCUCGGUGACCUGCCCGUCGCACCGGGAGUACAGGGCCUGUGGGCCUGCAGAAGAGCCCACCUGCAAGUCCAGCCCCUCGCAGGAGAAUGCCACACUUCUGGUGGAAGGCUGCUUCUGCCCUGAGGGCACCACCAGCUACGCCCCUGGCUUCGACGUCUGCGUGGGGAUGUGUGGUUGUGUGGGACCUGACAACGUGCCCAGAGAGUUUGGAGAGCACUUCACCUUCGACUGUAAGGACUGUGUUUGCUUGGAGGGUGGUAGUGGCAUUGUCUGUCAGCCCAAGAAGUGUGCCCAGCAGCAGCCCACCACAUGUGAGGAGGAUGGCACCUACCCCGUCGUGGAGGUCAACCCCUCUGACACCUGCUGCAACAUCACCUCCUGCAAAUGUAACACCAGCCUGUGUAAGGAGACACCCCCAACGUGCCCCCUUGGAUUCGAGGUGAAGAGCCAGACAGUUUCUGGGAGAUGCUGCCCCGUCUACUCAUGUGUGCCCAAAGGCGUAUGUGUUGCCCAGAAUGCUGAGUACCAGCCGGGCUCUCCAGUGUACUCCUCCAAGUGUGAGACGUGCUUCUGCACGGGAACCAUGGACAACAAGACACAGCUCCACGUCAUCUCUUGCAAACACAUUCCCUGCAACACCAGCUGCAACCCGGGCUUUGAGCUCGUGGAGGCUCCUGGCGAAUGCUGCAAGAAGUGUGAGCAGACACACUGCAUCAUCCACCAUCAGGACAACCAGAACCUCAUCCUGAAGCCUGGUGACAUAAAGCGUGAUCCCAGGAACAACUGCUCCUUCUUCAGUUGCGUGAAAAUUCACAACCAGCUCAUCUCAUCUGUCUCCAACAUCACCUGCCCCGACUUUGACCCCAGCGACUGUGUCCCGGGUACCAUUACACUGAUGCCCAACGGCUGCUGCAGGAAGUGUAUCCACCGCAACGAGACGAGGAUUCCCUGCUCCACCAUCCCUGUUAAGAGGAAUAUCACACACGCGGGCUGCACCAAGGAAGUGGUCACUAACUACUGCUCAGGGUCCUGUGGGACAUUUGCCAUGUAUUCGUCCGAGGCCCAGUCCUUGGACCACAAGUGCUCGUGCUGCAAGGAGGAGCGGAUUAGCCAGCGUGAGGUGGAGCUGCCCUGCCCCAAUGGAGGCACGCUGCGCCACAGCUACCCUCACAUCGAGAGCUGCCUGUGCCAGGACACUGUCUGCGAGCUCCCUCUUGCCCAGCGCCGCACCCGGCGCUCUGACCCCAGGCUCCGUCGUGUCGGGAGCCCGUGA